AUGGUGCCUCAAAUCCUUAUGGGGGCAGAGACGGAAGAGGAUGCGCAGGUGCUUAUCCAAGAGAUGACGACCACGGGAGACCGUCUGCGGACUUUCGAUCAGCUCUUCAGGGUGCCAUCUCCGAGGGGUAACCCCCAGCUGCCGGUGGCAUCUGGUCAACGGGGAUUUUUCAGCAGGCUCUGGAGCGAGAUCUUGAAGGAUUACUCCACGGCCGAUGUAGAAAUUCUUGCAGUAACUGAUGACGGGCUGAGUCUGAGACCAGAUUUCAAGUCGCAUUGCCACUCCUUCGUCCUCUGCAAGGCUUCACCCGUCUUUGCGUGCCUGCUUCGGGGAGAUCCCUCGAGCCCCAAGCGCCUUGAGUUGGCCGCCACGGGCGCAGCGAUCAAGGCCUUCCUGCACUUGAUCUACACAGGCAGCUUCGAGGGCUCGACUUGGCCGGAGGUUCCCUUGCUCGUCUCCGUGGCGCGCUUGGCCGCGGAGUCGCAGACCUGGUUCGUUCUGCCGGCCCUGGUGCAGCAUAUGCGCUGCAACCUCUCGGAGUUUACCUUCUGCCCCAUCUGCAACUUGAUUCAACCUUGUCUAGGGUGA